UCAUUCAUCCACCGACACUCGUAUCUGCUCGGACUAAACGUGGCCUCAUGAUUCCCACCGGAGCCUUUUACCCUUUUCUUUCAUUUCUCACCCACAUAUUUGUCACAGUGGAUUGUUGAUAGCACAUCAUAUGGAAGGUACGUUGCGACGGUGGUUGCGGGAUGGACGCGGAGCUGGGUGCUGACAGCGCCCGCAGAAAGAUGGAGGCGGCGGGCGAGGCGCUGGAGAUAGUGCCGCUGGAGAUGUAUGAUUCAGCCCGAGCCAAAAUAGCGGCAAACCUGCGAUGGCUGUUCGCCAAAGCCUUCGGUAUCGAUCACAUCCCAGAGGACCUGCAAGACCCUUUCUACACAGAUCAGUAUGACCAGGAACACAUUAAACCCCCGGUGAUCCGGUUACUGCUGUCCUGUGAGCUGUACUGUCGCGUGUGCACCCUCAUUCUCAAAGGAGACCAGGUGGCCUCUCUGCAGUCCCACCAGUCAGUCAUCCAGGCCUUGUCUCGCAAAGGCAUCUAUGUCAUGGAGGGCGAUGACACGCCUGUCACAGAUUCAGAUCUGUCCUGCCAACCAAUCAAAAUGAGUUCUCACAUCCCCAUGAUUGAUGCUUUGAUGAUGGCCUACACUGUGGAGAUGAUCAGCAUCGAGAAGGUUGUGUCCUGCGUGAAGCGGUUCUCCACAUUCAGUGCCUCCAAAGAGCUCCCUUUUGACCUUGAGGAUGCUAUGAUCUUCUGGAUCAACAAGGUGAACCUGAAAAUGAGGGAGAUCACAGAGAUGGAGCACAAAUCAAAACAGCAUCUGCUGGAUUCUCCAAGUCAUCAGAAGUCUCCCUCAAAAUGGUAUUGGAAACUAGUACCUGUACGGUAUCGGCGGGAUCAUGCCUCAGGUAGACAGAUGCCCUUCUUCCCCCUUCUGGAGGACCUGAUCAGGGACGUGUGUGACGGUGCUGCACUGCUGACUGUGGUCCAUUACUACUGCCCAGACCUGAUGAAGCUUGAUGACAUCUGCUUGAAAGAGGUGACCUCAAUAGCAGACAGCCUUUAUAAUAUCCAGCUGCUGAAAGAGUUUGCCAAUGAGUACCUUAACAAAAGCUUCUAUUUGACUUUAGAGGACAUGUUGUAUGCACCUCCUGUGCUCAAGCACAACGUCAUGGUAUUUAUAGCGGAGCUCUUCUGGUGGUUUGAGAUUGUCAAGCCUGAGUUUGUCCAGCCAAGAGAUGUUCAAGAAUUUAAAGAUGCAAGAGCAAUGACUCAGCCCAAGUGUGCCAGGCCUACUGUGCCCAUCUCCAAUGCCACCAAACGGAGCUUCCUGGUGUCUCCUGGUGUGGUUGAUCCAGCUCUUCCUGUCCAGAGCAGCCCGGAAGUUUGUAACAGGUACUUCCUGCACCCUGAAGAAUCUGAGCCUCUUAAUAAGGGGAGUUCCAGCUUCAGCCCCUCCCAUCCACUUCUGCCACUGAGACAAAGACAAAAGAAGGCUCAGCCAGGAGAAGAAAGCACGGCCUGUCGAAAUCGCUCCAAUUCUUUGACGCAAGAAGCUCACUCCAGAGGAUCUGUGGCUUGGUCAGAUAAACGGCAGAGGCCACUGUCUCAGCUGAAUCGGUAUGUUCUCCACUCUGCUACGGACAGCGAUGCAGACUUGGCCUCGGGCGACAGCGUUAGUCUGACUUGCUCUAUCAGUGAGGACAGCCUGGCUUCCACUGUCACACCCAAGCACCAGAGCCAUCCGGGUCACGGCAGUGUUAAACGGAUCAAUGGCCAUGCUCUACUGGGCAACGUUAACAUGGAUGAAGAGGAUGAGCUGGUAACCAUUGCCAGGGCCGAUUCAUCUAAGGACGACAUCACCCUGUUAAACUCUGAGGAUGCAGAGCGACAGAGUGCUACCCCUGGUGCUAAAACAUGCAUUUGGGGAAGACAGGAGGAAGCAUCCUCAGAAUCCCGAAACGCCAGUUUCUUCCUGGAACCUUUGAUGCCUGCAGUUCUCAGGCCAGCCAAAGAGAAGUCCGUAAGCCUGAAUAAGGAAGAAGAGUCAGGAGAAGGGCGGCAUCGAGGGUCAGCACGAAGAGUGGCAGGAGCAGAAAGUGCUCUUUCAUCUACUAGACGGAGACCUCCGCACACCAUUAACCGGACCUUUACCCCCAACACCAGCUCUGAGUUUGAGACCACUAUCGAGCACAAAUCCAGUGAACUUGUGCCUCUAGCCCCUGGGCAAACGCAAGCUUUCAAACCACUGGUGACAAGUAGCGUUGAGCAGUCUUCUGCUGAGCGGUCACCUGGGUUUUACCUUCAUUCAUCUGUGCCUGAGGACAAGAGCCCUGUCCAAGCAUGGGACAUCCAUCCAGGGUCUGAUAUAGAGACCGUGGAGACCAUUGAGGAGCAGGAUGCAGAGCUCACCAAAGAGCUCCAUCCAGACAAGAAACAGUUCUAUGAGGAGGACGAAGAGUCGGCCAAACUGUGCGAGGAUAUGAAUGUAAAGGAACAUGUGGAUAAGGAUGGUGGGAGCAGGUGCUCUAGCCCUGGCCAGCAGUCCCAAGUCAGCAGUGUGGCUAGUGGCAGUGUGCGUAUGACCAGUUUUGCAGAACGAAAGAUGCUGAAGUUUGGUAGCAACCAAGACAUCCGGUCCAGCACAAGUAGCUCACAGCGCACAACACCUGAUGGCUCAGAGAGUUGUCCCCUUCCUCUGACGUCCUGGAGGAUAAAAAGAGACCAGAGUCCCACACCGCAGAACAAGGACAGUACCAACAUGCUGGCCUCUGAACUUGUUCAGCUUCACAUGCAACUUGAAGAAAAGAGACGUGCAAUUGAAUCCCAAAAGAAGAAGAUGGAGGUCUUCACGGCAAGACAAAGGCUUAAGCUUGGAAAAGCAGCCUUCCUGCACAUAGUAAAAAAAGGGAAGAGUGACACUCUCCCUCAGCCUACAAAGUCUGAGUACUACUUGAAAGAUGGCCAAAAACUCAAUCAAGAGAAGUCAUCAAAAGAUGAUACCUGUGUUGAUUCAAGAGAUGGGCCGAAAGAGGCUGAAGAGCCAGAGAAGGCAUCUCUCGAGUGGGCAGGUGGGGGACCUGUGCCCCCUAGUGCCUUAGAUAUGGAUGAAGAGGUAGAUCUUAACGAAUGCAAUCGCUCCAUUGAGUUGCUGAACGAGGCCAUAGGAAACAUUCAGCAGAAAAUGAUGCAACUUUCAAUCCAGCAGGAAGUGCUUAUGAAGCAGAAUCUCCAGUCUCCAACAGGUGCUGCUCAACCACCUAGCAGUGACCAAAGUAAUGUAUCUGAAGCCAGGAUCAGAGCUUCUAUACAUUUCGUUGAACCAAGUGGCAGCCCUGUGAUACGAAAGCCGCCCAAACUAAGUUCAGCACGGCCCCGUUCCAAACCAUCAGAGCUGUUGCUUAAGGAGCACAGCAAAGGGCAGAAGAGCACUACUCCUACACCUACUGACAGCACCUCUGCCAGGUUCAUUCAAGGAGCCAGGCCCCCCAAAACAGAGUCUGAGGACAUUGUGCAAAGCUCUUUUAACAAAGGGAAUCCAAAAAGCACUACAUUCCACCUUAAUGAUGAAGCUAACUUGAGGAUGGUCUCUAGGGAACCAAGUUCUGUGGCGCUUGGUGUCACCUUAGAAUCUAUGUCCAGUACCUUACAGGACACUGAGGCUACAUUUGAUGAUGGGCCAGCCAGGGAUAAUAUCUCCUCAGAGGACAUUUCUAGAGGAAAAGUCAAUCUUAUUGAAGUAGACUUGUCUGAUUUGGCUUCCAACCCAGAUGAAGAAAGCACGGAUGUUUUGGAUGUCACCACCGAUGGAAGUGAUGGGGAAAAGAAGUCUGGAAUGGGCUUCUUUUUCAAGGAUGAGCAAAAGGCAGAGGAUGAAUUGGCCAAAAAGCGAGCAGCAUUUCUGCUGAAACAACAGAGGAAGGCAGAGGAGGCACGGCUCCGCAAGCAGCAGAUAGAGGCUGAAAGUGAGCUGAAAAGAGAUGAAGCCAGGAGGAAAGCUGAAGAGGAUAGAAUCAGAAAAGAGGAGGAGAAGGCUAGGAGAGAGUUGAUAAAGCAGGAAUAUCUUAGAAAGAAACAGCAAGAGAUGUGUGAGGAGCAAGAACAGCCUCAACCCAAACCGAAGACCAAGGCCAAAAAACAAAGGCCAAAGUCUGUGCUGAAAGAAGAACCUUCAAUGCAUAUGCUUUCCAAGUGCCAUGCUGCCAAUGAGAAUCUCAUCAGUGCCCAGUCUGGUUCUAAUCUAUCACUGGCCUCUGUGGCCACCACUGAACCAGACAGUGUCAAUUCAGGAGGGGCGGGAUCUCAACGAGGGGAAUCAGUAGAAUCAUUUCCAGGCCUCAGUCGCAACUCCAGUCGGACUACAGAGAGAGACUGGGACAACGGUUCCACCGCGUCUUCCGUUACAUCAACGUCCAUGGCAGAAUACACCGGACCCAAGCUUUUCAAGGAGCCGAGCUCGAAGUCCAACAAGCCAAUAAUCCACAACGCCAUCUCUCAUUGCUGCUUAGCAGGGAAAGUAAAUGAACCACAGAAGAACUCCAUUCUUGAGGAGCUGGAGAAGUGUGACUCCAACCACUUGAUGAUUCUCUUCCGGGACAGUGGGUGCCAGUUCAGAGCCCUUUACUCCUACUUCCCCGACACAGAGGAGAUCCACAAGCUCACCGGCACAGGGCCCAAGAGCAUCACUAAGAAGAUGAUCGACAAACUCUACAAGUACAGCUCGGACCGCAAGCAGUUCAAUGUAAUCCCCGCCAAGACCGUGUCCGUUAGUGUUGAUGCGCUGACUAUCCACAACCACUUGUGGCAAGCCAAAAGACCCGCAGGACCAAAAAAGAGUGGAAAGUGAAGUCAGAUGGCACUCAUAAGAUCUGCACUUUUACAUCGAGGCCAGUAAUCACUUUUCUGCUUCCGUCAGAGUUUGGAUGGAAGAGGCUCGCUGGACAAACAAACAGGCAUGAGUCAACAUGCACUUCAUUUGAAUGUGUUUUGGGUUGAAGUAGUCCUUUACCCCCAAUCCUGUGGUCUUUUUACCUGAUUAAUUUUUUCGCUACUUUAAGUAUUUAUUAGUUUGGCACUGAAUAGCGAAACGCUUCCCCCAUGAUUGUUUUCGUUUGAUUUGUUUCCCUCUUUUUUUUUUUGCAAGGGAUGUGAGUAUUCCUUUUACCAUCUUCAAAACAUGUCUGCUGCCUCUGAGGAUUGCUAGAACUCGAAUUCAUGUAAAAAAAAACAAAUAGCUGACUUGCCUAUCAAACAAACUUUUUUUGCCUCCGAAACAUGCUGCUCCUUUGUUGUCGCUGGGACAAUCCCAGGUCUGCGUACUUUUGGCCUUCAUGCGUUGUGGUACUAUGUCUGUUUAUUCAGUGCUUUAAAAAAACAGUCAGCUGUAGCCCUUUUUUUUUAAACUCGAUUGUCCUUUCGAUAGGGAAUCAAACAGAUCUCGAUACGUGUCAGACGCAGUUAUCUUCUCUUCUACUCUGUAGCGGCCUCUCCACUAAACAGUCUUUACUAUGGUGCACUUAUGAUCAUGUUUUAGUGCUUUUAUUAUCAUGCAAUGUAACCAUGUUGAUGUUGGCACUGGAGCUUUUUCUCAUGCGAAGAGCAGCAUGCUCUGUUAUGAAGAGUGUCGCUGUAAACGAUUUGAAUGACAGUAUUUAAUAUAUUCAUAAUCGGUUACUUCCCUUGCAGUCGCUGUCUACUUAUUUACCAAGGUUGAAAACAUUCCAGAGCGAAAAGUGUCAACACUGCCGACAUCCUUUUGUCUAGACGUUCGAGAACACUCACAGAAGCCUCGUGUUUGGUGUCAAGAUCAAUUGAGUGUUGCACAUGCACUUUAUUAUUAUUUUUUUUGCUCAUGAAGGUGUAUAGCUGGGGUAGAAUUUCAAAGGGCUUACUAAACCAUUUUUUUGCUCCUAAAGCUAUUUGUUGAAAAGAGAAGGUACUCUGUUAUACACUGAGAAACACUAACACCGAAAAGAGCACACUGACAGAACCUUAAUGACUCUUAAACUACUGUAUCCAAAUAAUAGGUGUUAGACUUGUCUAUACGUCGCUGCAUUUUGUUUAAUUUUUAAUUGCAGUUUUGUAUAUUAUGUGUUUUUAUAUCUUAACUAAAAGAUUGUAUUGAUGUUGA